AAAUGAAAUAAAGGGAACGAACUUUUAGUCAGAGAAAACCUCAUUGUUAACAGUCGUUUUUUUUAUUUCGCUCAAGAAUAGAAUUUUUUCCAUCCCUUAUUAUUUAUUAUAAAUUAAAAACCAUUCAAUAAUAUUUUCAAAAUGGAUUGCGGAGCAUCAAUUGUUAAAUACAUUCUUUUCAUAUUCAAUAUGCUGGCAUUGGUAUGCGGCAUACUUCUGAUCGUGUUUGGUUCGCUGGUCUUAUCAAAUUUGGGUGACAUCAGAGAUUUCGCAGAUACUUUCGAAACUUCUAGCAUUCCCAUCAGCAUUAUUGUAAUAGGAUGUAUUAUCUUCAUCAUAUCGUUCGUUGGAUGUUGUGGUGCCAUCCGUGAGGAUACUUGUCUUACUAUGACAUAUUCUAUCUUUAUGCUCAUCCUUUUUGUUCUGCAAAUGAUUAUGGUUGUUUAUAUCUGGAUUGAAAGAGAAAGCUUCCUAAAUGCAAUGAAUAAAAUUGUAGACAAAGCAUGGGAACAACGACAUGACAAGGGUCAUUACAUGGAUGUCUUCCAAAGUGGAUUUAAUUGUUGCGGUCGAGUUGGAGUACAAGAUUAUACAAAAGAAAUAGUUCCAAAUUCAUGCUGUGGAGCUUCAGCUACUUCAUGCUCAUAUGAAUUGGCGAGAAACAAACCAGGAUGUUCACAACAAUUUAGAACUUUCAUUUCUACUAAUAUUGCCAUUGCUCAAUAUGCUGGUUUGGUUGUUGCUGGCGUAGAGCUGAUUGCGUUUAUAUUUGCUUGUUGUAUAGCAAAUCAAGCUCGUAACGAAAGAAGAAGGGCUGCAUACUACACUUAAUUUUUCAACAGAAAAUUCUGUUCAGUUACAUAUAUUACAGUACAAUACAAUAGUUAAAACAAAUAACAUUUCUCAUUUCUUCAUAAUAAAAAUU